AUGGACCGAGUGCGUAGACUUCUCGACCGGGACCAACCCUACGAGCCACUGGAAGGCGGCUCUGAGACCCCGGAUGGCGCGAGGAUAGAGGAGGAGGAGGAGGACAAGGCUCCUUUCUCAUGGGUCGACUACUCCAUAUUCCUGCUUCUGGGAGUUGCCAUGCUGUGGGCUUGGAACAUGUUCCUCGCUGCCGGCCCCUACUUCCAAAGCCGCUUCAUCGCCGACGAGAGCAUCCGCCACACCUUUCAAUCAGCCCAGCUAUCAGCAUCAACCGUGGUGAAUCUGGGCUCCAUGCUCAUCCUCGCCAAGCUCCAGUCCAACGCUUCCUAUCCGAAACGCAUCAUGGCCGCUCUCCUCAUCAACGUCGUUACCUUCACUGCCCUUGCCAUAUCAACCCGACACUUCCUGGACGCCACUCCCAAAGGAUACUUCAGCUUCAUGAUCACCAUGGUCGCCGCAGCCAGCUUUGGAACCUCGCUCUGCCAGAACGGCGUCUUUGCCUAUGUCUCGGGCUUCGGGCGCGAAGAGUACACACAGGCCAUCAUGGUCGGCCAAGGAGUAGCUGGCGUGCUGCCUGCCAUUGCACAAAUCGCAUCGGUCCUGUCCGUGCCCACGGACGACCUGGGAGACGAGGAGGCCGCCGACCAAUCUUCGAAAUCCGCCUUCGCAUACUUCAUGACGGCCACCCUCAUCUCCGCCUUCACCCUGUUCGCCUUCUUGUACCUGUUGUUCAGACGCAUGUCGGUGCACCACACGAAGAGCCUCAGCGACAGCAUCGGCGAUCUGCGCGAAGCAGCAGCAGCCCACACGCGCGAGCCGGUCCCGCUCCUCCGGCUGCUCCGCAAGCUCAUCUGGCUGUCGGCCGCCGUCUUCCUCGCCUUCGCCAUCACCAUGGUCUACCCCGUCUUCACCCAGGAAAUCAAGAGCGUCCAGCCCGUCGACUCGGCGCCCAGACUCCUCCAGCCCGCCUCCUUCAUCCCCCUCGCCUUCCUGUUCUGGAACGCCGGCGAUCUGAUCGGCCGCAUCCUGCCCGCGUUCCAGUCGCUCUCCUUGACCUCGCGGCCGAAGAUGGUCUUCGCCAUUUCGGUCGGCCGCGUCGUGUUCAUCCCGCUGUACCUCCUCUGCAACGUGCAAGGGCGCGGGGCGGCCAUCGAUAGCGACACGUUCUACCUCGCCGUCCAACUCCUGUUCGGCCUGACCAACGGUUAUCUCGGCAGCACGUGCAUGAUGGGCGCGGUCGAGUGGGUCGACGUGGAAGAGAGGGAGGCUGCAGGCGGUUUCAUGGGACUCUGCUUGGUCGCUGGCUUGACGGCCGGUAGUCUUGCGAGUUUUUUCGUGUCCAGCUCGCUGUCGUGA